UUUAGUUGGUUGGCAAUUGCCAUUAGAAUUCUGCUGCUAGAGAAUCUGUGGUUAAGUGCAGUAUCAUCAUUGGCUAUUUUAAGUUUGGCUAUUUGCAAACUUCACACUUUUGCCUUUUCAGUACAAACAGAAAAUUUAAAUAAUAUUGAGAAACAAUAUAAUUUUUUUACAUACUUCGUCGCCUAUACGUAGAGUGAUCGAUUUGAAAUGAGUGAAAAUAAAAACCAGGAGUUAAACACCAUAUGUAAUAAAUUAACACCCCAGAAACAGAACAAAAUUCGAAAUCCCUUCGACAAAGUGCUUGUGGAAAGGCUACAUCAACCGUUAAGCAGCCCCGGUAUGUGCAAAAUAUAUAAAAGUAAAUCGAAAGGUACGUUUAGAUGGGAUAUAGAAGAAGCUUGUACUCUGAGACCAGCGGAAAUAAUAGUAUGCAAUAGUCAAUAUGAGGCUUCCCCAGAUCCAGCUCUGGAGAAGAUUGCUGAAGAAGCUACAGAGAAAUUUUUUUCCCAAGAACUAAUUGUGCCAAGUCCAAUGGAGCCAGCUAAAAAACAGCAAUCACUUAUAUCUAAAACUUCAUCAAAAUCACAUGAAUGUAGCCCCAACAAGCCACAAAGUGAAAAUCGCUCAACACAAACCAUGUUAACUUUGCCACCAAUACUACCCCCGGAAAUUGAAAAGAUCUUGCAAUCUUUCUGCACAUUUUCACAGGAGGAAGCAUUGCUCGACGAAUGUGAGAGGACCGCAAAUGGAUCGAUUCGCGUACAUACUGUGUUUACAGACAUUGAUUAUAGUGAUCAUCAUUAUGACUCAGAACAGACUGAUGAUGAAAGCCAAGAUGAUAAGAGACCAUCGUCUAGUUUUGAAGAACAUAUUCCUGUGGAGUUCAGCCCCGAUUUGAGUAAUAACCUCGUGUCAAAGGGAAUGAAGAGAACAUUCGGAACGCCAUUGCAGACGAAAUCCCAGAAGCCAUUCAAGAACAAGAUAUUAAACAUUGGUGAUUUUGAACUUUGUGUUAGUCCUAUACAAUUUGCAACCCCCAAGCGUGAGAAUUCCUCAUCAUCGCUAUCUAUAUCACCGGUUGAGGCUGGUGAUGAAGAGAAUAAAUUAGCAUCACCCGAAGCCAUGGCAACAUGUCUUGACUGUGUCCAUACAAAAUUUGAGAGUAAAGGAAGAUGUUUCUGUACCCCGAACAAUGGUAGAAGCGCCUCGCUCAAGGAAUCCCCGAAAUAUAUGCCAAAGCGAAGUUCAAGUAUGACGAAUCUCAAUAGAAGUCGGUCGGUGCAAAAACUUGACUUCAGUAUGGACAUGAGUGUUGACGGAUCACAUAAUAUGACACAAGGAUCUGAUAUCAGUACACCAGAUGUAAAACAAAUGUUGUCUAUAGAAGAUACGAGACAGUUCCAAGACACCCGAGAAAUUCAGUCUUCCACUAAACUAAACAAUUUCGACGAAACACCGAUAAAGGGGAAACGUCGCACUAACGUCGCGCACGAGAUCAGCAAAAUUCGCGAUUCCGCACUGAGCCCGCUGAAUAUGUCCUUCGAGAACUUUGACAUACCGCUCAGUAUGGAGAAAAAGAUCGAUUUUGCAUCUGUGGAUCUUAAAUUUUUGAAUGAAAAUCAAACUGUGGUCGGCGAGUCGAGUUUUAAAAGAAUUGACAGCGGCUUCAAUGAGAACACGUUUUACGCGUCGAGUUACUACGAGAGUGCGAUAAAGCCUUCGGAGUUGACGAUUUCCAAGAAGGCUUUGAAGGAGAUAUCGAAUGUCAACUGGGCCCGGGUGGACAGUGGGUUCAAAGAGGAGGAGUUUUAUGAUCAGCAGAAGUGUGUUUCGGCGGAUAAAGAGAAUCAGAGGGAUCCGAUGUCGAUUUCUGAUUAUUUUAACGAGGAUUUAACGUUCAGUUGUAACUUUUCGUCUACGCCGUCGAGUAGUAAGCGGAAAUUUAAUUUUUAAUGAAUCGUUUGGUAUGUGAUAGUUUAAUAUUCGUACGUGGUUUUUUAACAUUGACGUGCGUAUACGUACUCUUGCGUACGUAACUACGUUUGUUUAAAAAUAAUUAUAGUAACAUACAAAUACAUUAUACACAAUACUAUUAGUUUAAAUUAAGUUUUUUAAGUAUGACUUUACUCUUUUGAACUGACUUUUAAAAAAAAAUUAAAUAAAAUCUCAAUUAAAUUAGUAGUUAUGCAGUCAGAAUUGAGAUGCGUAUACGCACAACGUAGAAAAUUGUAUAGUUCUUAAUUUUCUUUCCUUCCCUUUUGAGUUUCGUUUUUAAAAUAUUUUAUACAUAAUAUU